AUGACCGGAAUUCACGGACUGUCCUCCGCCUCCGCUUCAAGUGUUGCGCUCGCCGCGCUCGGUGCCGUUGUCAUCUCGAUCGUCCUCUCCUCCACGAUGGGCUUCCUUGGCGGGAAAAAGUGGAAAGCGCAAGGCAAGCACGUGUUCGUCACCGGUGGUUCUCAGGGUCUCGGUCUGGCAGUCGCCGAGCUGCUCGCUUCCAAGGGUGCAAACGUCACCAUCUGCAGCAGGACCGAAUCCAAGCUGCGCGAGGCAGUGGGGAGAGUCAAGGCAGCAGCCAAAUCCGACCAGCAAACCAUCGAGUACGUCGCGGCAGAUGUGUCGACCUUCGAGGGCGCCAAGAAGGCGAUCGCAUCGUGCAGCUCCGUUCCGGAUACCGUGUUCUGCUGUGCCGGCGGCGCCAAGCCAGGCUUCUUUAUCGACCAGACCGAGAGCGACUUCGAGCACGGCAUGAGAACCGACUAUUGGACGUCCCUCGGAACCGCGCAUGCGGCAGCCAACGCCAUGGCGCGGAACAAGGUAGUGGACGGCAAGAUUGUGCUCGUCAGCUCGACCGUUGGGCUUAUCGGUCUGAUCGGCUACUCGCAGUACGGACCCAUGAAGCACGCUAUCAGAGGCCUCGCGGAAUCACUGCGAUCGGAACUCAUCCUCUAUGGUAUCUCGGUCCACGCAUACUUUCCCGGAACCAUCUUCUCACCCGGGCUGGAGGAGGAGAACAAGACCAAGCCAAAGAUCACAGUCGAAAUUGAAGGCACCGAGGACGGCUCGACACCGGCACAAUGCGCAAAGGGUCUCAUCAAAGGCAUCGAACGGGGCCACUUCUUCAUCACGACCGACUUCGGUACCGAGCUCUUCCGCGUCGCAGCCCUAGGCGCAGCUCCAGCCAACCGCGGCCUGGUCGAUCGAGCUACCGCACUCAUCGCAUGGAUCGCCAUCCCCGUCUGGCGCACCUUCAUCGCAGACCGAAUGAUCAAAAAGCAUCGCAAAGAACAUGCCCAGUCACUUGCUCAGCAACCCAAAUGA